AUGGCUACACCUACGCCCGGCAAGACCGCCGCGUCGCAGCAAGGACGAACCCCACAGGUCGCCGCCUCGCCGCCCGUCUCGACCCCGUUUUCGCUCUCCGGAGUGCAGGGCGUCUUCUCGCCGCGGGGACCAAGGUCGUCGCCGCAACAGGUGAAGAGGUCGCCCGCGACGACGGCGACGCUCGCCGGCCACCCCUCCACGGGGCCGCUCAACUUUGACAGCCCGUCGGCUGCGGCGGCCAUGGGGUCGCUCGGCAUGGGGAACGCGUUAGAUAUAGGCCUGGACAAUGUCGGCGCUCGAUGCCGUGAUAGGCACUUUAUCGCACAAAAAGGCUACGUGAGCGAAGAGGGUCUUGAGCGACUAGUACAGCGAAUAGGCCUCGAUUGUAUCUGGGACACGCAGACGGAUUCUAGUGGACAAAAGAUGAAGCUGCUUGUCGUGGCUGGCAAGGCCCUCCAGCUCGACAUCACUAUAGACAACAACAUGGUUCGAGGCGUGGCCCUGUCGUUUCCCUUAUCCUCCCCAAUCGUGAUAGAGCGCGUCGGGCGGGCGACUGCCAUUCUCAUGAGAGACCUCGAACUCCGGCCAGGGCAGAGCCCGCUGACCAAAAGGCUCGACGAGUUCUACUCGAACCUAUCGCGGCUCGCGGAGCUGGACAAGCUCAGCGUGAUACCAGGCCUUGAUCUGCAAGAAGCCCUGGCGGGCAUGUGCUCGAGCUUGGAGCGGAUUCAUCAUUACGAUCUGGAAAAACUGCGCGCGGAGUACGCCGGCAAGGGUGAAAAGUACGUUCACAACAUGGUUACCUGCCAUCGACACGGCUACCCCGUGAUGCACGCGAGGAAUCGCGUCGGCCUUAACCUAGACUAUUGGAUACAGCGCCACUGCGUCCCUCCCAAGGACCCCUUGGCCCAAAAGUUUGCCGAAGAGAAGGAGGGUGUCUGGUCCCUCCUCAUUGGGUGCGCGCCCAUGGGGGAAAUAAUGUAUCCACCCGUGCGGAUAUCGGGAAGCUGGAUAUCUCCUAAAAUCGAAAAGGAAGACCCUACGCCAGAGGAUGUCUUGAGUGCCACGACGGGGCCGGCCCUUGACUGGCUAGAGCCGGAAAACGCCGUCAUACCACCGCCUGAGGAGAUCAAGGACGCUUCGGUCGACAUGACGCUCAAGUAUGCCGAGGUCAUCUUCAAGGCGCUUCUGGAACCGACAAUCAUCUUGCCGCAGCCCGCGUGGCUUCAGAUGUACGAGCUUGUAGGCGCCCAGCCACCGCCUCUCUACACCUACCCCACGUUUGAUAGCCUCUACUUCCCUAUCCCGGCCACGACUGAAGUUCACGAUCCUAGUGCGCCGAGAACUAUCGAGCACCGACGGGAGGUACAGUGCAUCUCGAAGGAGGGCGAUAGGAGCACAAAGACACACAAGAAUACGCUCUACAUUUACAAGCCGGUCUAUGGUCAAACGCUGUCGGAGCUGCCCUUUUCGCACCCGAAGCAGCUCAUCUCGCUACUGCCAAACCUCAGACAGAAAACGACGCCCGAGGAGCCCGCAAGCCCCCAGGUGUCUACGCGAACGGUCGUGUUUCCCCUACGAUCUACGACGGCCAGCGCGACACUCGAGAUUGGGCCGAACGGCAAGGUGCGGGUGAUUUCGCAAAACAUCGUCCCGGACGAGAGCGCGAAAGCAGAAGGGGGCCCUAAGACGAUAUCUGCGGAGAGCCUAGGCCGGGCGCUGGAGAUAUUGGAAGACAUCGACCAGUGGUGCGAGUGGGUGCGGACCCGCGUGGACAGUAGCUAG